GUAUUAUUAUAUAAAAUGAAACUUUAUAUUGUUGCCCUACUACUUACUCUCGUAGCCUUCUCUAGUGCUGACAGAGUCACCAAUGCUGAAGACUUCAUGAGAGGUCUCGUCAGAGGAUCCCUCGGAGCCGUUGGAGAAGACAUCGUUGGAUGUAUCCAAGAUGGAGAGCAGGCCUUGGUAAAUCUUUUCCAUGUCGCUGAAGAUUUUGAAAAAGCACUUGUCCAUGGAAACAAAGCUGCUUUUAAGGAAGGACUCGCUCUCAUUGGAGACGUCAUUCAGGCUCUCCCACAUGAAGUACAGGAAUGCAAGAGCGCUGCUGCCGCCGUCAAGACCUUAGAGAAACUCAUUGUUGAGUUCACUAACCCAACAGCCCUCGUUGUUGAUGUUGGAAAGAAACUCAUCUGGCACUCCAGAUCUAUCUACAAAGACAUCAGAAAGACUACUGAUGACCUCAAGACUCACGACUAUGAAGAUGCUGGAUAUGAGAUUGGAGAUAUCAUCAAAAUCUUGUUCUUGAACAGCAAGGUAUCUAAUCCAAUUCAAGACACUACAACUCUCUUGACCUCUUUCUAUAAGGCCGCUUUCAAACUCGAUUUGAACAUGACCACUUGCGAGGGAUCACUCGAAAAGAGCGCUGAUGAGAUUGCUGAAGGAAUCCAAGCUGUUAUUGACCACAAAUCAAUCGACUCUAUCGUUAUGGGAUUCUAUAAAGCCUACUUGGGAGCCAAGGACUUGUAUGACGGAGCUCAUGAAUGUGAAGGUGCCUGGACUGUAAUGCAACAAGGAUUCACUAAGCUUGCUCCAUUCCGUGAACACCCAUUGAACAUUCUCAUCGCUGGACCAAGUGCUUACAAGAGCCACCCAAUUGCCAUGACCAAGGAUUUGAACACCCUCCGUAAGGCCCUCUCAAGCACCCCAAUCAACUUCGACAAACUUGGAUUCUCUACUGGAGACAUCAUCAAGUAUGUGCUUCAAAAGAUGUAAUAGUUUAUUCUAAUCACA